AAAGCAAAUAAGAAAAUAAGACCGACAGGAGAACCGUUCGGGAGAGAGAGAGAGAGAGUGAGGGAGAGAAGAAAACCCUAGCUCUGCUCUUGGAUCGCCACUGCGACUUUUGAGAAGAGGGCAAAACCAAUUUCCGUCGAGGUACCAGAAAAAUGUCGAAGAAGAACAGCUUAUCCCGUAGGAAGAAGCAGUACGAGUUUGAUCUUCGAAGAGAGAAAGCGGAGAAAGAGAAGAAGGCGAAGAAGCUUCAAGCUAAGAAAAACAAGAUGAAGGUUGAUGGUAGCAGCAAGAAGAAGGGUGAGAGUGGAUUCCAAGUUGGGAAGAGAAAGGUGAAGACGAAGUUAACUGCUUUGGUAAACGCUAAGGCGGCACAGGCAAUGGAGCUGGACAAAUGAGGUUUGGUCUUGUGAGUUGGGGAUGACAAAUUCCAUUGUAGUGUGAGUUUUUAUUUUCUUGGGAAAAUUGACACUUCAGUGGCUAAAUGUAAUUCUUAACUUCACGGUUUAAUUUAUAGUGGAAGGUAGCUUCUUUUGGUC